CUCGGCAUUGUCCGCAUUCACUCGGUUAUCUUCGACACGAGGCACGCAUUGGAGGAAACGAAUUAUGAUCGUCGUUUCUAUUGGUCGAUACUUCAUGACUUCAGUCAGUGUUGGAAAGGCAAACACAGAGAUAAAUUGGAUUGCCACUGAUACGGAAUGCUUAAACAAGGACACCAUGUGACAGCAUCAUGGACUAAAGAAGUGGCGCCCAAGAUAGAGACUGCAUGCUGUAACACGCCCCGUCCGAGCUCUCACCAACAAUGAUGAGGUCCUCCAUCAUUCCACAUGCUGCAGUAUCUGUGACUUCCCCAAAGAACAACUACGCUGACUAUAGGGGGUUUCGUCCUGUUCGUCCUCCACCUCCAGAGCCACCAAUGGGCAUUUAUGUGGAUGCCAUUCAUCCCAAUAUGGUAGUCAAUGAAUGUAACCGAGCUUCAAUCACAGAGGCACCUACAAAACCUGCAGCCGUCUAUGAAAGAGAAGCGCCUCGUCCGCCUCCACCUCGACCGCCUCGACCCAACAUCAACAACAGGCAAACUUCGGUUCAGCAGAAAUCUGAGCGCCGCCAAGCCUCCCUACCCAGACUAGAUAAUAUCAUAUCCCUUCCAUGUGCAGAUGAGCCGCUGUAUAUGGAAAUAGAGGAGGCUCUAUAUCUGGAAAUUCUGCCAGGAAAUGAUGUCACAGUAAGAAAGACAUUUCAGGCACAAGAGACAUCAAGACCUCAAAUGGGAAUGCAUAGCCAAAGAGACUUGAACUUCAAUUCUUCCCGAUAUUCCAAUGCACAAAAACAGGAUAUCCAGGAACUGGUUGAAUGGAUGCGAACAGUUUCAAAAACGACGCACAUGACUCCAUCGUUGCAUGAACUCAGUAAAGAGGAGGAAAUAAGGGUCUUCAAUCAAAGAGCUUUGAAUACAAAGCAGGCUCUUUGUCUUUUCCACAUUCUCAUGACACAGCGCAGUCAACAUCUGCAAGGCUAUAUUUUUGACUUUAAUUCUAUCUCUGAGCUUCUGGGCAAAGAGACGAAGACGGCCAAAAGUAUGGGCAUUGCUGGAGGCACCACUGGUGCAGUGGGAGGAGUGGCCGCAAUGGUUGGUAUAGCCUUGGCACCCGCAACCAUGGGCGCAUCGCUGGUCGUUACUGCUGUCGGUGUUGGUAUGGUGGGAGUCGCAGGAGGAAUGGGUGUCCAUGCUUCUAAGCCCAACAAGAAGAUUGGAGACGGAAGCAUGAUUGAGAAACUUGUCUAUGAUUACAUGUUCAAUGUUGCUGAUGUAGAACAGUGUCUGGAUUUUGUCCUCUGUGAGCUAACGGAGGUUCAAAGGCACGAUCUUGUGAGGUUACAGCAGGCUGGGGCUCCACCUGAUGCGUUGACAAUUGCUGAUAAAAUGCAGUCUUUACUAAAUAACAUCAAGAAUGAUAGAAAUGCUUUGUACACACGUGGAAUGUCUUCUGACAGGCUGCUCCAUGCCUUUACUUCAGAAGUGGAUCAGUAUUUUAAGGAAAAGGAUGGUCAGAAAAAGCUAAAGAAGUCCACUAAGAGCAGACUCUCGGAAAGAAUUCAACUGCUAGCUCGAAAUCUUCAGAAGCAGCUUGACUAUCUGAAUUUUGUGUGGAAAUUGAUGACUCAUAAGAACAACAACCAAACAAAUGCACUACAAUCACUUUAGAAUGCUGACAUUUGUAGAAUUUCCCCUCGUUUGAUUUUUUUUGUUUUUGUGCGUAAACUGUGGAAAUGUUUAAUCAGUUCGAGAAUAUUGUCAUUUGUAAUUAUUUCAAUAAUAUAGACCAAAUUAAUCCAAUUAUAUUUAAAACACACACACACACACACACACACACACACACACACACACAUAUGAAUAUUUGUAUAAUAUUUAAUUAAUCCAUAUUUGUUUUUUGCUUCAUACAACAAGACGUAUGUAGAAAUAGUGGUUACGAUAGCAUGACUGUCCAUAUCUUAUGUGUUCAAUUAUUUUGUUAUUUUAUGUUCUGUAA